CCGCUUUGCCUCUCACGAGAGGUGAUACAAAAUGGAGUGAUUGCGACACUGUCGUAAGACAUAUUCGGUCUCAGCGGUGUGGAGGGCAGAGAUUUUCAUUUAUAAAACAACCAGUUCCCUCCUCUGGGUCCUCCAGACCCGGCUCACACCACUUUCAAGAGGAUAGCGCGAAAGGAAGACACCUCCUCCUCUUGCCGUAAAGCGAACACUGCAAGGUGUCGCCUGCCUUGACGAGGGCGGGGUCGUCGGUGCCGCUGUCGCAAAGCCGAAAGUGUUGGGGCUCCAGCGCCUCCUCCGUCGUAAAGAUGUCUGCGGCAGUUGCUUCUUCCACUGUCGCAAAAGCUCCCUGCCCAAAUCUUCACCCUUCUCGGAGUCACUCCGUCACCUCUGCGUGUCGUAAAGCAAACCUUCCGACCCCGUCGUCCUUCUGUUCCCACCGUGGUAGACUUAGCUCCCUAGCCCGGGAUGCUUCAUUGCCCGGCAGUGCCGUAAAGCAUAUCUGGCCCCAGCCCCUGGUCCUAGUCCCUCAGGGUGUCUGUGCACCGCGGUUGCCACGGUGCCGCCAAGUGCGGCUGUCGCGCGGCCCCGGUGUCAGCGGCGAUGGCGGCGGGGUCGGGUGGGAGUGGGGGCUCUGGGGGUGGCCCCGGGCCGGGGCCGGGGGGGGGGGGGGGCCCCGGCGGGAGUGGCCCAGGACCGGGGUCCGGCGGGGGUCUAGGCAGCGGCGGGGAACUGCACCCGCGCACUGGGCGCUUGGUGAGCCUGUCGGCCUGUGGGCGUAUAGCGCGGCGGCAGCAGCCGGGCCAGGAGUUUAACCACGGGCUCGUGUUGAGCAGAGAACCCUUGCGUGAUGGACGCGUCUUCACCGUCCGCAUCGACCGCAAGGUCAACUCCUGGAGUGGCUCCAUUGAGAUUGGGGUGACGGCACUGGAUCCCAGUGUGCUGGACUUCCCAAGCAGCGCUACGGGACUAAAGGGGGGCUCAUGGGUAGUGUCGGGCUGCUCGGUGCUGAGGGAUGGACGUUCUGUGCUGGAGGAGUAUGGUCAGGACCUAGACCAGCUUGGCGAAGGGGACCGUGUGGGCGUGGAGCGCACAGUAGCUGGGGAGCUGCGGCUCUGGGUGAAUGGGCGGGAUUGUGGUGUGGCUGCCACGGGCCUGCCCACUCGUGUCUGGGCUGUUGUGGACCUUUAUGGCAAGUGCACUCAGAUCACCGUGCUACCCCCUGAGCCAGGCUUCAGCCCCCCUACUCCCAUCUCCACACCUCCCCUCGAGCCCUCUGCCCCCCCGGAAGAUUCUGCCUUGGCUGAACAAGGGACCUCUGGAGAUGAAGCCUUCAUGGUGUCCCCAGCGCAGGCCCGGCCAGAGACGUUUCCUAACAGCCUUGAGUCGCAUAAUGACUUUGCCAGCAUGGAGCUCUCUGAGGUGGUGAGCAACGCCAUCCUGUCUGCCUACAAUGGGGGACUCCUAAAUGUGAACCUGAGCUCCCCACCGGCAGGGGAAGGGCUGGGGUCUAGCAGUGCUGCCACCUCUCCCAUCCUCACUUCCAACGACGCGCUGCUCUUUCAUGAGAAGUGUGGAACCCUCAUCAAACUCAGCAACAAUAAUAAGACAGCUGAGCGCCGCCGGCCCCUGGAUGAAUUCAACAAUGGGGUUGUCAUGACCAACCGCCCGCUCCGGGACAAUGAGAUGUUUGAGAUCCGCAUCGACAAGCUCGUAGAUAAGUGGUCGGGCUCCAUUGAGAUUGGUGUCACCACCCACAACCCCAACAAUUUAGAGUACCCAGCGACCAUGACCAACCUGCAGUCAGGCACCAUCAUGAUGAGCGGCUGCGGGAUCCUGACCAAUGGCAAGGGGACCCGCCGAGAGUACUGUGAAUUCAGUCUGGAUGAGCUGCAGGAGGGCGACCACAUUGGUCUCACGAGGAAGUCCAACUCUGCCCUACACUUCUUCAUUAAUGGCAUCGAUCAGGGUGUAGCUACCCCACUGACGCCCCCAGUGGUGUACGGUGUGGUGGACUUGUAUGGGAUGGCAGUGAAGGUAACCAUCGUCCACAAUAACAACCACAGCGACCGUCUCCGCCGGAACAAUGCCAUCCUGCGGGCACUGUCCCCUGAGGGUGCUCUCCGCCGUGCUGCUCCUGCUGCCCAGGCAGAACCUGAGCGCCUGCUCUUCCACCCCAACUGUGGGCAGAAGGCAGCCAUCACCCACGAGGGACGCACAGCACUGAGGCCCCAUGCCACCGAUGACUUCAAUCAUGGCGUGGUGCUGAGCAGCAGAGCCCUGCGGGAUGGAGAGGUGUUCCAGGUGCGCAUUGACAAGAUGGUGGACAAAUGGGCUGGCUCCAUUGAGAUUGGUGUCACCACCCACAACCCUGCCUACCUCCAGUUGCCCUCCACCAUGACCAACUUGCGCUCUGGGACCUGGAUGAUGACCGGAAAUGGGGUGAUGCACAAUGGGACAACCAUCUUGGAUGAAUAUGGGCACAAUCUGGACCGCCUCAAGCCCCCCUUCUUCCAAGGCAGGGGACACGGUGGGAGUGGUGCGGCGGGAGGACGGGACUCUCCACUUCUUUGUCAAUGGCAUGACUCAGGGCCCUGCCGCCUGGAAUGUGCCCCCCGGUGUCUAUGCUGUCGUCGAUCUCUAUGGCCAGGCAGCGCAGGCCACCAUCGUGGACGACAGGUGCCCCCUGUCCCUGAGCCACUCCCUGAGGCGAACAACCAGGCGUCUCCAAGCUCCCCGUCGUCAGGGGCUGGGGGCUCUGACCUGCGAUUCCACCAGCUGCAUGGCAGUAACGCAGUCAUCACUAACGGGGGCCGCACUGCGCUCCGCCACAACUGCCGCAGCGAGUUCAACGACGCCAUCGUCAUCUCCAACCGGGCUCUGCGGGAUGGCGAGCUGUUUGAAAUUGUCAUUCAGAAGAUGGUGGAUCGCUGGUCAGGCUCUAUUGAGGCUGGAGUGACUGCUAUUCGGCCAGAGGACCUUGAAUUCCCCAACACUAUGACAGACAUUGACUACGACACGUGGAUGCUGAGCGGCACAGCCAUCAUGCAAGAUGGUAACACGAUGCGCAACAACUACGGGUGUGACCUUGAUGCACUGGGCACAGGUGCACGCAUUGGCAUGAUGCGAACUGCCAAGGGCGAUCUGCACUACUUCAUCAAUGGCCAGGACCAAGGCGCUGCCUGCUCAGGCUUGCCUCCGGGUAAAGAGGUAUAUGCGGUAGUGGAUCUGUAUGGCCAGUGUGUCCAAGUGUCCAUCACCAAUGCCACCGGUCCCAUGGACAACAGCCUGGCGACUAGCAACACUGCCACUGAGAAGUCAUUCCCCCUGCACUCCCCAGUGACUGGCGUGGCUCACCGAUUCCAUAGUACUUGUGGCAAGAAUGUCACUCUGGAGGAGGACGGCACAAGGGCAGUGCGUGUGGCUGGCUAUGCUCAUGGCCUUGUCUUCAGCACCAAGGAACUCAAAACUGAGGAAGUCUUUGAGGUGAAAGUGGAAGAGCUGGAUGAGAAAUGGGCAGGUUCCCUCCGGCUAGGGCUGACCACACUAGCGCCAGGGGAGAUGGGCCCUGGAGCAGGUGGUGGUCCGGGGCUGCCUCCCUCCCUGCCAGAGCUACGGACUAAGACCACCUGGAUGGUGUCCAGCUGUGAAGUGAGGCGUGACGGGCAGCUCCAGAGGAUGAACUAUGGCCGGAACCUAGAGAGGCUGGGGGUGGGGAGCCGUGUGGGCGUUCGGCGGGGGGCAGAUGACACGAUGCACAUCCUGGUAGAUGGAGAGGAUAUGGGGCCUGCAGCCACUGGCAUUGCCAAGAACGUUUGGGCUGUGUUGGAUCUUUACGGGCCAGUGCGGAGUGUGUCUAUUGUCAGCUCCACGAGGCUGGAAGAGCCAGAAGGCACCCAGCCUCCUUCCCCAAGCUCAGACACUGGGAGUGAGGGCGAGGAGGAUGACGACGAGGGCGAGGAGCAUGGCCUGGGAGGCCAGAAUCAAGUGGCCAUUAUGCCCACAGUCCUGGAGUUCCUAGAGAACCAUGGGAAGAAUAUCCUCCUGUCCAAUGGGAAUCGUACAGCUACGCGAGUGGCCAGCUACAAUCAGGGCAUCGUUGUCAUCAACCAGCCUCUGGUGCCUCAGAUGCUGGUCCAGGUGCGGAUAGACUGCCUGAACCGGCAGUGGACAUCUUCCCUUGUCCUGGGAGUCAUCACCUGCCCACCAGAGAGGCUCAACUUCCCUGCUUCUGCCUGUGCCCUCAAACGGGCAGCCUGGCUGCUGCGAGGCCAUGGGGUCUUCCACAACGGUCUCAAGAUCUGUGAGAAGUUUGGGCCAAAUCUGGACACAUGUCCUGAAGGCACCAUCCUGGGACUGCGGCUAGACAGCUCUGGGGGGCUGCAUCUCCAUGUCAAUGGGAUGGACCAGGGGGUAGCUGUGCCGGAUGUCUCCCAGCCCUGCCAUGCGCUUGUGGACCUCUAUGGGCAGUGUGAGCAGGUGACAAUUGUGAGUCCUGAACCAGGGGCUGCCAGUGGGAAGACUGCUGGAACCCAAGGGGACAUGGAAAAAGCUGACAUGGUGGAUGGUAUCAAGGAGAGUGUGUGCUGGGGUCCGCCGCCUGCUGCUAGCCCUCUCAAGAGCUGCGAGUACCAUGCCCUUUGCUCCCGUUUCCAAGAACUGCUGCUGCUUCCUGAGGAUUAUUUCAUGCCUCCACCGAAGCGUAGCCUGUGCUACUGUGAGUCUUGCCGGAAGCUGCGAGGGGAUGAGGCCCAUAGGCGCCGUGGGGAGCCUCCCCGGGAAUACGCUCUGCCUUUUGGCUGGUGCAGGUUCAACCUCAGGGUGAAUCCCCGCCUGGAGGCUGGGACACUAACCAAGAAGUGGCACAUGGCGUAUCACGGGAGCAAUGCGGCAGCUGUCCGGAGGGUGCUGGACCGAGGGGAGCUGGGAGCAGGCACUGCCUCCAUCCUAAGCUGCCGGCCCUUGAAGGGAGAGCCCGGGGUAGGGUUUGAGGAGCCUGGCGAGAACUGUGCACCUCCUCGGGAGGAGCAGCCGCCGCCAGUGCUGCUUUCCCCCUCCCUCCAAUAUGCUGGGGCCGAGACCCUGGCAUCCAAAGUGCAAUUCCGGGACCCCAAAUCCCAGCGGACGCAUCAGGCCCAGGUGGCGUUCCAGGUGUGUGUGCGCCCUGGCUCCUACACUCCUGGUCCCCCUUCUGCUGCCCUCAGAGAACCUCCUGACCCUCACUUCAGCCCAGCCGAACUUGAGUGGGUAACCAAGGAGAAAGGGGCCACGCUCCUCUAUGCCUUGCUGGUACGGGUGGAAUGAGGGGUGAGACCUCACAACUACAAGCACAGUUGGGCCUUGGGCCUGUGGACUCUGAGUGACGACUGCCUCCAACUCAUUCCAGUGACCCAUGGCAUGCACAGGUGCUCAGUCUGGCAAAAGCACGGGAGCACGUAGGCAGGCUCUCAGAUGUAGAUGGGAAUGGAGCACAUCUCCAUGUCCAGGGCCCAAAACACUCCCUCUGAGGUGAGGGAGCUUGUGGGGAGCCCAGCUCCAGGCCCUGGGUAACCCCCCUUCAUGCACUGAUUUGGGGAACACGACUCCCUAUGACUCCCUCCCCCAUAUCACUUAAUUUAUUUCCGUUUUUGUUCCUGAUUACUGUGAAUCCCAGAGGAGUCUCCCUGUGCCCCACAUGAAGCUGCUUUUUCCCGGGGCCACCGGGCGGGAGUGGGGAAGGGCGGGUGCAAGGCAAGGUGGGGGCCCUCUGUACAGUUGUUACUGACUCUGAUUUCUAAGGAGCCAAUAAACACCGUCUCAGAA